AGCGGGUGGGUAAAGAUGGCGGAGAGUAGCAACCGGAGUAACAAGAGUAGCGGCAGCAGCGGCAGCGGCGCUGGCAGCGCGGCCAAGGGGGCGGUGUCGGCGGAGCAGGUGGUUGCUGGCUUCAACCGCCUUCGUCAGGAACAGAGGAGCCUGGCAUCCAAGGCAGCUGAGCUAGAAAUGGAGUUGAAUGAGCACAGCCUAGUGAUAGAUACCCUGAGAGAAGUGGACCCAACCCGGAAGUGCUAUCGAAUGGUUGGAGGGGUCCUGGUGGAGCGAACUGUCAAAGAGGUGCUACCUGCCUUGGAGGGUAACAAGGAGCAGAUUCAAAAGAUCAUUGAGACACUGACCCAGCAGCUUCAAGCAAAGGGAAGGGAGUUGAAUGACUUCAGGGAGAAACAUAAUAUUCGGCUAAUGGGUGAGGAUGAGAAGCCAGCAGCCAAGGACAAUGGGGAGGGGUCUGGGGCCAAGGCCAGCUCAGCUGGCGUGCUAGUCUCCUAAGAAUCAAGACCUCUGUCAUGUUUUUUCUCCGAUGCCUCUUAUACCCUUUAUUAUUAUUUUUCUUUGUUGCUGCUCUUGUAAUAUUUUUGUUAAAUAAAUGGUUUGGUCUCAAUGCCCA